AUGUCCACGCAGCAGAAGGCACUGAAGGACGUCCACGGGGCGAAGAAAUGCCUUAAUUACAUGGUUAAGCUGUUAAAUGUCUUUUGGCAGUUAAUUCAGAUACCGUUGACAACCAGUACCGAACCACAAAGCAAAAUUGGUUGUUAUCAUUAUUGUGUUAUUUGUGAUGUGCUUAUCUUAUAUCUUGGACUGCUGCUUUAUCUCUCCUUUUUUUGUUUUUUCUCUCUCUUCUUUCUCAGGUACCUUUAUAAGAACCGGAUACGGCUAAUAGAGAGUCAAGUGUUCCAACACCUAGACAAAUUGGAACAAUUAUACCUGCAUUUCAACGACCUUGCAAUCUUCGACGCUGACACGUUCUCCAAUAUGACGAGUCUAGAACGUCUGUUCCUGCACAACAACCGGCUUCAGCGCGUUCCUGAUGGCGCCUUCAGUAAUCUCCAUUCGCUGCGACGCUUGCGCCUGGACUCGAACGCGCUGGUGUGCGACUGCCAGCUGCUGUGGCUGGCGGAGAUGGUCAAGGAGAAGCAGCACCGCACGCAGGUGGCCGCCACGUGCCAGUUCCCGAGCGACCUCCAGGGGAAGAGCCUCACGUCGCUCGCAGACUCCCACUUCGAGUGCCGAGGCAAGCCGCAGAUCAAGGAAGGGCCGACCGACGUGGAUGUCAAGUUCGGGGGCACCGCCUACUUCACGUGCAAGGUGGAGGGCGACCCGCAGCCGGAGGUCAUCUGGUUACAUAACAACGAGGUGAUCACGGCGGACGAUCGCUACAACAUCCUGACGGACGGGACGCUCAUGAUCGAGAACACGCAGGACGGCGACGUCGGCUUCUACGAGUGCAUGGCGUCCAACCCGAUGGGCGAGGUCAAGUCGCGCAAGGCCAAGAUGGUCCACCCGGAGCAGCAGCAGCAGCACCUACAGCAGCACCUGCAGCACCAACUACGACAGCAGCUGCAGCAGCAGUUGAGAGAGCGGCAGCAGCAGCAGCAACAGCAGGAGCGGCAGCAGCAGCAGGAACAGCAGGAGCGACAGCAGCAACAGCAACAACAACAACAACAACAACAACAACAACAACAACAACAACAACAACAGCAACAACAACAUCAGACGCAACGCCAUGCGCAACAUCCGGGUUCACAGAAUCAGCAGGCGGAACCCACGAGUCAGAUCUCGAAUCGCGGGGCGCUGACCAUCUCGUCCGCCGUGCCCAGCGACGCCGGCACGUACUUGUGCACGGCAGCCAACCACCUGGGGCGCGUCACCGCCAGCGCCGCCCUCAGGGUCUUCGUGCCGCCGCGCCUGACCACAGACCCCGACGACCAGUACGCAAGCCCGGGCAGCAGCGUCCAGUUCACGUGCCAGGCGGCGGGAGUGCCAGUGCCAAUCAUCUCGUGGUCGCGGAGUGGACAGCCCAUCGCGCCUUCGAGUCGCCACACCAUCUCCGUGGGCGGUAUCAGUCUGAGAGUCCAGUACGUGAAGAAUUCUGACGAGGGAGAGUACGUGUGUCGCGCGCACAACGCAGCCGGGUCCGUCGAGGCGUCCGCGUCGCUGUACGUACGGGAGAAGGUAGCUCCGGUGAUUCGUCAGGAGCCGCGCGACCUCGUGGCGAACGUCGGCCAGGACGCGGUGACCAUGCCUUGCCGCGCCGACGGUCGUCCCAGGCCCCUCAUUGCGUGGAGGAAGGACGGGCAGCUGCUGAGCCACGAUGGGGAGAAGUACAGGAUAGAGACGGACGGCGCCCUCCGCGUGCACAACGUAACGACGGAGGACGCUGGCCUCUACGAGUGUAACGCCCAGAACCACGUCGGCUUCGCUACUGCCAGGGCGCGGCUGACGGUGCAAGAGGAGGAGAAGCCGCAUCUCGGGGACCCCUUCCUGCAGCAGAGCUUCGACGAGGCGCGAGAGCAGGUCGACCGAGCAGUCAACGACACCAUCAGCCAGCUGUUCCGACGUGACCGCAGCCGCGCGCCGCAGCCGCACGAGCUGCUGCGCAUCUUCCGCUUCCCGGCGAACGAAGGGCGUGAGAUCGCGCGCGCGACGGAGAUGAUCGAGCAGACGCUGCAGAUCGUGAUGCGUCACGUAGAGUCUGGGAUGCUCUUCAACCUGACGUCCUUCAGCUACCAAGACCUGCUCUCGCCCGAAAAGGUGGUCCUCCUGACCAACCUGUCGGGCUGCCUGGCUCACCGGCGCAACGUCUACUGCGACGACAUGUGCUUCCACACCAAGUACCGCUCCGACGACGGCACCUGCAACAACCUGCGCCAUCCGCUGUGGGGCGCCUCGCUCACCGGCUUCAGGAGGGUCCUCAACCCCAUCUACGAGAACGGGUUCAACACUCCUGUGGGCUGGUCGAAGACGAAGCGCUACCACGGUUUCUUCAAGCCCAGCGCCCGCCUGGUGUCGACGCGCGUGAUCAGUGCAGAGGACGUCUCCCCCGACCACCACUGCACGCACAUGCUCAUGCAGUGGGGGCAGUUUCUUGACCACGACAUCGACCACGCCCUCCCCUCCGUGUCCUCCGAGAGCUUUCACGACGGGGUCAGCUGUCAGAGGUCUUGUGACUACGCCCCUCCGUGCUUUCCAAUCGAGAUUCCUCCGGACGACCCGAGAAUCCGGCACCACCGCUGCAUGGAAUUCACUCGCUCGUCCGGCAUCUGCGGAUCCGGCAUGACCUCCGUUUUCUAUGACACCGUCCUGCCGAGGGAGCAGAUCAACCAACUUACGUCCUAUAUCGACGGAUCGCAGGUCUACGGCUCCAGCUCCGCCGAGGUCCGCCUGCUACGCAACCUGACGCACAACCACGGCCAGCUGAGACACGGAACCUUCAUGUCUGGGAAACCGCUGAUGCCCUUCAGUAACGGGGCGCCGGUCGACUGUCGCAGAGACGUCACGGAGAGCGGGAUCGACUGCUUCCUUGCGGGUGACAUCAGGGCGAAUGAGCAGUCUGGCUUGACGGCGAUGCACGCAAUCUGGUUCCGCGAGCACAACCGCGUAGCCCGGGCCCUGCGUGAGAUCAACCCCAGCUGGGACGGCGACACCAUCUACUACGAGUCCAGAAAAAUCGUAGGGGCUGAGAUGCAGCACAUCACUUACAAGCACUGGAUGCAGCACAUCUUGGGGCCGCGGGGGAUGGAGAUGCUGGGAGAGUACACAGGCUACAACUCGAACGUCAAUCCCACGAUUAGUAAUGUUUUCGCCACGGCGGCCUACAGGUUCGGACACUCGCUGAUCAACCCGAUCCUGCACCGCCUCAACGCCACCUUCCAGCCCAUCCCCGAGGGACACCUGCCGCUCCACAAGGCCUUCUUCAGCCCCUGGCGCAUCGUGCAGGAGGGCGGCAUCGACCCCCUCCUCAGAGGCCUCUUCGCGACCCCCGCCAAGCUCAAGACUCCCGGCCAAUUCCUGAACACGGAGCUGACGGAGAAGCUGUUCCGCGCCGCCCAUGAGGUCGCGUUGGACUUGGCUUCGCUAAACAUCCAACGCGGCAGAGACCACGCGCUCCCCGGCUACACGGAAUGGCGUCGCGUCUGCAACCUCUCCGAGCCCGAGAAUUUCGACGACCUCAGCGGAGUCAUCAGCUCGCUCUCCGUCAGAGACAAACUCAAGCAGCUGUACGGCCAUCCAGGCAACGUGGACCUGUGGGUGGGCGGCCUGCUGGAGGACCCAGUGGAGGGCGCCCGCGUUGGACCCACCUUCCUCUGCCUUCUGGUCGACCAGUUCAAGAGACUGCGCGACGGAGACAGAUUCUGGUACGAGAACCCGGGCGUGUUCAAGCCCGAGCAGCUGGCGCAGAUCAGGCAGGUGACGCUGGGGAGGAUUCUGUGCGACAACGGAGACAACAUCACGGACAUAACAUCGGAUGUGUUUGUUCUUCCUCGAGAACAGAAUCCUGCGUUUGUUCCUUGCUCAAGUCUUCCCUAUGUUGACUUGAGGAUUUGGUCAGACUGCUGCUCUGACUGCCGAAGUUCAGCUUUUCCAAACUCCAUCACUCACGUACCCACAAUACGGUUCAGAAGACGAGCGCAGUUUUCCCACAUUGAAGACAGAGACCACCUCUUAAUGGCCUUAGAUAAGGAUAAGCUCUCUGAUAACGAGUUACAUGGAUCAUUCUCUGAGGGAAAUUUUUUCACGCAGAAUGUCACACAGGGAUCGCGUGAAGGGAGGCCACAACCAAGCCAAAAACUCGAGAGAAAGUUCGAGAAAAGCAAAAAGUCGGGACGAAGCCUCAGCAGAAACGAUUCCGAGGACGACCUUGGCGCCUACGAGGAGGAUCUCAACGAGCAGCGAAUCGAGGGCAUCGAGGCCCUGGUGGAGCAGCUCUCGAAGACGGUCCUCGAACUCAGCAAAAAGGUGACCACCCUUGAGGGCAAGUGCGGCAGCGGCGACGGCGGCGGCGGCGGCGGCAGGAGGAAGAGCGUGCGGCAGCGAAGGAAGUGCGUCGACGAGACGGGGAGACACAGGGCGCGAGGCGAGAGCUGGCAGAAGGACCCCUGCGCGAUAUGCUCCUGCAGGAGAGGAAAAGUUCACUGCAGAGUCAAAGAAUGUCCGAGCGUGACCUGUGAUAACCCGCGAGUGGAGGAAGGAGAGUGCUGUCCUGAGUGUGGCGACGACGGAGGAGAAACCGAGAACACCCAUGCAGGUCCUGAGGCUUAGCAGGGCGUUCGAGAGGGGCAAGGGGUAGGGGGAUACAGAGAGUUCUUAUAAUAGCUACGAUAACACGUACCUCAUCUCCCUUCUGCAGAGAUGCUAGAGGAAGCGAAAGGCACCUUGCCAAAGACUACGGGGAGGAGAAAAACGGCAUAAUGAAGGUGCCUUUUGAAAAGAUCAUAGAAGUGUAGUGUUUUUAAAUCAAGAUAUAAUUUUUUAAAAAUCUUCUCUCUCUCAAAAAAACAAAACAGGAUAUUUUGUCAGUUUAAUAACAUUGUCAACGGGACGGACAUGGUGAAUCAAAGAACUGUGAUGGUUAUGUUAUGGAAUACAAGUUUUGCCACGUGAAUGGUGAUCGUGUGUACGGCCAGGUAGCUAUAUAAAGUACAGUAUUUACAGACUCAUAUAUUACUUUGAGCUGUGUUAUAGGCCGGAAUUUAUGGGUAUUUCAGUAUCUACUGUUCUGUAGCCAGUAUUGUGUCUAAUAACUUAUCCAGGGCUGAAGAUGGAGUUCAGGCUGUGUGACAAAAAAAACAUUUUUUGUACCAUGGUUUUAAGAUUUUUUUCCACAUUACUUGGUUACUUUAUUAACAAUGAAUAAAGAUUACGAUACCGGUCGUAAGAAUUCAUUUAGCAAGGAUUUAGAUCAAUGGAGGUACUAUUACGUUCAGUUGUUUCACAGGAUGGAUAUAGACGGUACAAGCCUCUUACACGCAUAGGGCUCUGUAAGAAUUUUUAGAAAAAAAAAAUAUUUAUGUAAAAAAAAAAAAUCUAAGAAAAAAAAAGGGUGUUUAUUUGCUCACAUUUUUUUUCCUUUUUGCCUGCAAUUUGCGUUAUCACUGCCAGUUUUCGUUUUGUUUUGUUUUUUUACAUUUUUUUUUUAAUCACUGCAAAAAAAAAAAAAAGAAUGGCAUCUGCAUUGCUUGCACCAGCAUUACUAGUCAGUAGGAAAUCACGAAUAUUCACUCGUUUCAAUCAUCACACGAAUCUUUAACUGGAAUGUGUACUAAUAGCCUUCGGACAUAUUGAUAAAGUAGUGUGUUCGCCUUGGGGUCUGCUUCUCCAUGACUCUCUUCUCCGACAUACUAAUCUGGUGCUAUUAGUGGAUGAUGGACUAGUUCUAUUUAUUUCAUGUUAUAUAAACUCCCACUGCCAAUAGUGUUCUAAGAAGUGUGCAUCAUGAGGAACAAUAUGUAUCGCGGUUUGUGAAUGAUGGUAAUAAUAAUAAUAUUCAGUGUCAUCAACAUUGCAUUAGCAUCUUUCUUCGUCCACAGUGUGUAGUAAAUAAAUGGGUAAGAAACAGAGAAAGGAAUAACUUAUCGGGAAAUGGUUGAAAUUUAUAAAUAUAUAUCGUCUCUUAGGUAGUAAAAAAAUAUAUAUAUAUAAUCCUGUCUGUUGAUUGUUUUUUUUUCGAAUAAAGUAUAAAAAUUAAUGAUCUUAUAAUUAUUAGAGAUCAGCAUGCAGAAAGUGCUCAAAAUUAUAGGAUUUUUCUUUUUUUUUUCCUUUUUUUUGGCAAUUUCUCCAUCAGCCACAUUAUGCACAACAUAGUCCCCAUUUAUUGGCUGUCUUUAAAUUUCGCACAAAGAUUUGCCUGUAUGUAAACAACGCGUCUACGAAAUAAAGGUUCCAGUAAUCGAUAUGAGUAAAAUUUUGUACCGUAUUAUUAACAUUAACAAAAAUCAGACCUGUAUUUCUUAAAAAAGAAGCUAAGAGUUUGAAAAUGCCAUCGAGAGAGGAAUUUGCAAAUGCUCUCAUACACAAACGGUAAUGUAGAAAAUAUUUCUGGGUGAACUACAAAAUGGAAACAAAAUUUCACCACAGACAACUUUCACCAAAAGAAACAAGUAUAUAACUUCAUGUGGGAAAACGAUGAUGAACCAGUGUAAAAAAAAAAAAUAAACACGACUUAUUAAAAAUA